AUGAUGUUUAUCUUAUUCAUUUUUCUUCUUAUUCAUAAAAGUCAAUCAUUAGAAUGGAAUUGUACUGCAACUAAACAUUAUCUUUUUUCGAAUGAUCAAAUAUAUGAACAGUGUACAAUUAUAAUUGAAUAUAUAUCAUUAGAACAACAACAACAAAAACAAAAAUGUAUAACACAUAGUUUAUCAAUAAAAGCUCUUCCACCAAUAUCAAUUUUAUCAAAUUAUACAAUGCAUACAUUUAAAAUACAUUCAUGUCAAUUAUUAACAUUAAAUCAAUUACCAUUUUCAUUACCAUCAUCAGUUGAAAAUCUUGAUUUAAGUUAUAAUUUAUUAUCAACAUUUACUUUAUCAUUUCCAUUACCAUUAUAUCUUAAAUAUCUACGUCUUGAUCAUAAUCCAAAUUUAAUUGAUAUUAAUUUUGGUUAUAAUCAUAUACAAGAACGAUUAAUUGGUCUUAGUCUACGUCAUAAUAAACAUAUACAAUUAAAAUCUUUACCAUUAUAUUUACAACAACUUGAUUUAACUAAUUGUAAUUUAUUCGAAUCAUCAAUAUUAUCAAUAUUGAAAACAUUAACAAAAUUAACUCAUUUAUCAUUAGCUGAUAAUCAAUUAAAACAAUUACCUUUACUUGAUAAAAGAAUACAACUUGAAUAUCUUAAUUUAUCAAAUAAUCAUUUGACAUUUAUUGAUAAUGGAUGGUUACAUAAAUCAUUAAAAAUACUUGAUCUUAAAUUUAAUCAAAUAGAAUCACUUGAAUUUUUUAAUGAAUUAUUAAAAAUAAAUCAAGCAUUAAAACAAAAUAAUCAUAAUCAAACAAUGAUCAAUAAUACUCUUCAACUUUCUUUACAUGGUAAUCCAAUAAUUUGUGAUUGUUGGUUUGGUUCUAUACUUAAUUCAUCUUUUAUCAACAUCACUGAUUUAUCUUUACUUCAAUGUAAUUCUCAUUCAAUUAUGAACAUGUCACAGGAUAAUUUUCUAUGUUCAUAUUCUCAAUAUUGUGCAUCUGAUUGUUCUUGUUGUGAUUUUGAAGCAUGUGAUUGUCAUUCUGUAUGUCCUUCAGAAUGUUUAUGUUUACAUGAUAGCUCAUGGUUAAAUCAUAUUGUUCAAUGUCAACAAAGAAAUUUAUUUGAUAUACAUAUUCAUCUACCUGAAACAGUAACUGAACUUAAUUAUGAAGAAAAUAAUAUUGAACAAUUACAACCAUUUGUAUUUGUUGGUAAAAAUUUAUUAAUUAAAUUAAAUUUAGCAAAAAAUAAUAUAAAAAAUUUAACAAAUGAUAUAUUUUGUGGUGCAUCAAAUUUACAUGAAAUAAAUCUUAGUUAUAAUAGAAAUUUAAUGAUAAAACUUUCAAAUAUUAAUGAAUUAUUUUCAUGUUUAAAAUAUUUAGAAUAUAUUAUUUUAUCAAAAGAACAAAUUUAUAAAGAUGAACAAAUUAAUAUUGGAUGGAUAAUAAAAUCAAAUAAUAAUUUAAUUCGUCUUAUACGAAUAAAACAACAAUUAUCUUUAUCAACUCAUAAUCUUUAUACAGCUUCGAUAUCUACAAGUAUUUAUCCAUUGAUUCAAUCUGAAACUCAAUCAACAACAAUCUUUCCUAUUUAUCAUCAACAGUCAUUGAUUUCUUCAAGUUUUAUACAACAUAAUCAAACAUUAAUUAUAAUUGUGUUUUUUCUUUUAUUAUUUCUUUUACUUUUUUUAUUAUUCCUUAUACUAUUAGCUAUUUGUCGACGAAAACUUCGUCAUCAUUUAAGAGCUGAACUUCAACGUCAACGAUCUCAUCAUUAUUAUUAUCAUACAAAUUUACAUCAAUCAUCAAUUCAAAUUCCUAAUAGUAAUGGAACCAUUGGAGUAAAUGAUAGUCUUUAUGAACAAUUACCAUCAUUAUCAUCUGACAGUGAACAACCAUUUUUAUGUAAUGAAAAAAAAUUAACUAAUACAAAUGCUCCAGCUUUACCACCAUAUCCACCUACAUUUCGUCGAUAUCAUUGUUGUCAUUCAAUAAAUUCACAUGAAUAUCAAUAUGGUAGAAAUAAUUCAACAACGACAGCAACAGCAGCAUUUUAUUCAUCAUUAAAUUUACAACAGCAUCCAUGUCCAACAGUUCUAGUCGUAAGAAAUCCAUCAUUGUAUGCAAAUCAUCAUGAAUACUCAUGUGAAUUACAACAAUGUUUAGUUUCAAAUCAACAAGAAAAACAUUCAAUGAUUUGUUGUAAUAAUGAAACAGGUUUUAUACCAACGAUUCUUUGUCAAUGUAAUGAUCCUAUACAAAAUAUUGACACAUGUACCUAUCCUAAUGUACACAAAUAA